AUGUAUGCAAUAUGUACGACAUCACGAUCAAGCCCCUGGGAGUGCCAUCGCUCUGGGCCAGCCCCUGAGGGAGCCAUCGCCCCCGGCUGGGCCCCUUUCGGUGCCACCACACUAGGGAGGGUCCCUGGGGGCGCCACCGCCCCUGGAAAGGCCUCUGGUGGCUCUAACGCCCCUGGGAGAUUUCCUAGGGUCGCUGAGGCCCCAGGGAGAACCCCUGGAGGCUUUCCUGCCACUGUAACGGUCGCGAAGGGAGGAGCUGCCCUUGGGAGGGCCCCUGGGGGAGCAGAUUCGCCUGGGAGGGCCCCUGGUGACGCCACCGCUCCUGGAAGAACGCCUGGCGGUGCCAUAGCCUCUAGGAGGGACCCUGCAUUCCUUAGAAUGACCUCUGGAGACACCACCACUGGAAGGUCCCCUGGCGAAGCCACCGUCCCUGGUAGAGACUCUGGUGGCACUGCUGACCUUAAGGAGGACCUCUAG